AUGGCUGACCCUGUAAUUGGUGCUACAGUUCAAGUUUUGCUUGAAAAGCUGCUUUCUCUCACUAUUGAGAAAGUCAGUAGCUCAAGGGAUUGCAACAAACAUCUCAGAAUGAUGACACAAAAUGUAUCCAUCAUUCAAUCUUUCAUUCAUGAAGCUCAAAGACGACAAGUUGAUGACGAUCAGGCUGUGGAAAAAUGGCUCAUGAUGCUUGAGAGAGUUACUGAAGAUGCUGAAAAUGCUGUGGAAAAAUGGCUCAUGAUGCUUGAGAGAGUUACUGAAGAUGCUGAAAAUGUGCUUGAUGAAUUCACAUAUGAAUCUCUCAAAGUACAAGUCCGAAACAGUCCAAUGAGAAAGUUAGCGAAAGACCUCGGUCUCCAAUCACUCAUAGUUCCUUCUCAGCAAAUAGUACCGAUGAUUCAAGAAACAGAUUCCUUAGUAGUUGCUUCGGAUGUUGUUGGUAGAGACAAGGAUGUUGCUGAAAUUAAGGAGAAGAUGUUGAACAUGAGAGAGGAAGUUGUACUGUGCGCCAUUCCCAUAGUGGGCAUGGGGGGUUUAGGGAAAACUACUAUUGCUAAGAGAAUUUUCAAUGAUGAAGAGAUCGAAAAACACUUUGAAAAGAGAGUUUGGUUGUGUCUACCUGAAAUGUCAGACACUAAGAGCUUUCUUGAACAGAUCCUCCAAUCAAUGACAGAGCGAAAACUUGAGGUCCAAACCAGGGAUAUAAUAGUGAAGAAACUCCGAGAUGAACUAGGAGGAAAAAGAUAUUUGCUUGUGUUAGAUGAUUUGUGGCGUGUUGACCUUCCAGUGUGGGAUGAGUUCAUGGACAGCUUGAGAGGAAUAAACACUUCCAGAGGAAACUGCAUUCUUGUGACGACUCGUAUGAAACUGGUGGCAUCCACAGUAGCAGCAGUAGGUCCCCAUAUAUUGAAAAAAUUAGCGAAAGGUCAUUGUUGGUCGAUUUUCAAACAAAGAGCAUUUGUUGAUGGGGAAGUUCCGAAGGAAAUAGGGAGCGUGAAGAACAGGAUUGUUGAAAUGUGUCAAGGUCUACCAUUGGCAGCAAGUGUGUUGGGAGGCCUCUUGCGCAACAAGGAGAAACAUGAAUGGUGGGCUAUUCUUGAUGGAAACCCCCUUGUUGCUGGACCAACUUAUCCAACUCUGGAUGGCAGAAGGGUUGCUCCAUCCAUAUCAAGAGACCACUGUGAUGGAAGACGUUGGGCACAAGUUUUUCCAAAUCUUGUUACGAAAUUCCUUGCUGCAAAAUGUUGCGCUAGAUGA